AUGUAUAAUGUUAACAUAUCACUGAGUGGAUAUGGUGAUGAGUAUAUUAAUAAGCGUUAUUACUCGGACGACAGUUGGUGUUACAUGGGAAACAAUGGUAAGUCUAGAUGUAACGUAAGCGGUUGCCAUCACGCAGAUUGCAGUUGCGGCAGUAAGAAUGCUGGGUGUGCUAAACGAGGGAAGAAUUCGUCUAGAGACUGCUCAGCAGUAGCAUGUAAGGGGUGCAGAUGCAAGAAACAAAGUUCCAAAUGGAUAAGGAGAUGCUUUAUCGGCGCUGUAGCAAUGCAGUAUGUACAUGGAAGCACAAGUCAUGAUCAAAUAAUUUAA